GCAUUUCUUGACCUCCAAGCCACAGGGAGCGCUGUUGCAACAAAAAUAUGUCUUAUUUAUUUAUAUAAGGGGGGAGGAUCCCACUCCAAAAAACUGUUGAUGUACUACUUCCGCUUCCUGUGGAGCUCCGCUACUAAUCUUCCGUCAGACCUCUGGUUAAACGGCAGCAGAAGAAGGACAGCGUCAGGAAGCGGAAGAACAGAAGACGCUGCUGCAGAGGAAUAUACGGAUAAGAAGAGCAGAAACAGUCAGAUGAACUUUUACCCGGAAUUAUUCAACACGAGAAGAACGAGCCUGUAAGACUGAACUCAGGACAAAUCUGGACCGUCAUCAGCACCUGGUUUCUGUUAGAAAGGUGAGCUUCUGGUCCAGCAUGUUGGCUCACAGGUGAGCGUCACCUCAGUCAGGUGGACAUCUCUGGGAUAUCAAACAGAUUCUGGCCCAUGGAGGGAAACGGGUCGGUGUUCAGAGUCUAGUGAACUAUUGUUUGUCUGUAAACGUCAAGGUCAGGUCAGGACGUCAGACUUUGUCUGAAUUAGCUGGACCAGUUAAACCAGUAAAGGGAGUGAGUUAAUCAAACCUGGAUCAGAUGUUUCCAGCACAUCAGCUUUUACUUCUGGCCUGACUGAGUCCGUCUCUGACACUGUGUUCCUGCUGCAGCCUUGCCCAGAGGAACUUCAGCAGGAUGUUGGAGCAGCAGGCUGAUCGGAUCAUGCAGCUGUCUGAGUGGGAGGAACGCUGGCAGGAGAAUAAGAUUGGCUUCCAUCAGCCGGAGAUCCACAGCCAGAGGAUCUGACAGUAGUUGAUCUCCAACAGGAUGCUGCAGAUCAACUACAAUGCGGUGGUGAACAGACGGAGCAGCGUCCGGUUCUUCUUUCCUCUGUGUGGGAAAGCUGUGGACAUGAAGUGGUUGGCAGACCUGGGUCACUCUGUGGUUGGCGUGGAGAUUUCUGAGAUGGCCAUCAGACAGUUUUUCCAGGAGAACAACAUGACGUACAGCGAGGAGAGUCUUCCCUCCCUCCCUGGAGCCACACUCUUCCAGAACUCCGAGAAGAACAUCUCACUGUAUCAGUGCGACCUGUUCAGCUUCUCCAGCUCCGUGGCAGGUCAGUUUGGAGCGAUCUGGGACAGAGGAUCUCUCGUGGCUAUCAACCCAAAGGACAGGGAGAGGUACGCGGCUUUGAUCCUCUCUCUCAUGGGUGGAGACUGCAGAUACCUGCUGGACACGUUGCUGUACAAUCCAGACCUGUAUAAAGGUCCUCCAUUUUUUGUCCCUGACAAACAAGUCCAGAGUUUGUUCGGGAGCAGCUGUAACGUGGAGCUGCUGCAGUCUGUGGACGCUCUCACAGACAGACAGAGGGCCUGGGGUCUGGACUCUCUGACUGAAAAUGUUCAUCUCAUCACCCCAAAGGCAACAAACUGACAGCUGGCAACACGACGCUAGUCAGCAGCACCUUUCCUACCAGUCGAAGAAUAAAGAUGUUUUUAACAAAAUA